AGUAAGCCGAUUUUACUUUAAUGGCGCCACUCAUAUGUAAUUUUCCUGAUGGUUGCUUGUACAAAAUGAACUGUCCUUUGCGUUGGUUCUCUUUAAUUUUUAUCCAAAAGUAUUAAUGUUGUGCUGGCACUCUCCAGUGUGAAAUAUAGUCAGUUAAUCCUGCGUCUGUGCCCAGAUAUUGUUAAUUUGGGAUAACUGUUUCGACUAAACUAAGCGAUGAUAUUAAGGCCGAUAUUGUUUACUUGUUCAGCGCGAGAACAUUUUUUGGUCAGGUUAUGCAGUACGGCACUUCCAAUGCGAGACACCAAACCGAAAUCUCGACAUGUUCGACCAUCACACUUCGUAGACUGGAAACGAGUCAAGGUUAUCGGAGGCCCAGGUGGCGAUGGUUGCAUCUCGUUUAUGAAGCUCUUCUGCAAUCCAAAUGCUGGACCUGAUGGAGGAGAUGGUGGAAAUGGUGGUCAUAUCGUUUUUGAAGCUACCAGUAAUGUCAAGUCUCUGGAGCAUAUAAGCUCAACCAUAUGUGGUAAUGCUGGCCUGCGAGGAUUUGGCAAGGACAUGCACGGACGAUGUGGGGAACACACCGUUGUUCCUGUGCCAUUAGGCACUGUGGUGUGCAGUGAGGAAGAGCGCCCACUAGCUGAUCUGGACACAGAAGGGAGCCGUUUCCUAGCAGCUCGUGGUGGUGCGGGUGGCCGAGGAAACCAUCAUUUUUUGUCCAAUGAGAACCGUCAUCCACGUGUCUGUCAGCUGGGCGCCCAGGGAGAGGCCAUUGUCUACCAUCUUGAAAUGAAGACCAUGGCUCAGGCUGGCCUGGUCGGCUUUCCCAAUGUGGGUAAAUCUACUUUGCUGCGUGCCAUUACAAGAGCCCGGCCUAAAGUGGCUGCCUAUCCUUUUACGACACUGAGGCCACACGUAGGUGUUGUGAGCUAUGAUGAUUACCUCCAGUUGGCUGUUGCUGAUCUUCCAGGACUCGUGGAAGGGGCCCACAAAAAUCGAGGCCUGGGUCAUGCUUUCUUGCGGCACACAGAGCGAUGUGGCUGCCUCCUUUUUGUUGUAGACCUGCAGUGCCCUGACCCAGCAAGUCAGUACACUGUGCUGCUCACGGAGCUGGAGCACUAUCGUCAGGGGUUUACUGACGGCACCCAUGCUGUGAUUGCCAACAAGGUUGAUGUGCCCGGCGCACUAGACCGCCUAGAAGCCCUGCGAAAAGAAAUUGGUGGACGCUAUCCCUUGUUUCCAGUGUCCGCAAAAUAUGGCGUGAAUCUUUUAGAUGUUUUGAAGUACAUAAGGAGUACAUAUGAUGCUACCGCACAACAAAAUAAGUCUUCUUGAGUGUUUGUACAGUGCAGUAAUAAAUUAUAUUUACAUAA